UGUGAGUACUUGCUAUCAAACUUACUUCCAGUUCUGUUUAAUACAGAUGCUAAUACAAUAAUUAUACUCUUUUGAAAAUAUUUGAGAAUUUCAGGGCUGCAAAAUAUGGAGAGCUGUGCACCAGAAACUACAAAUGAAUCAGUCGUGCAUGUUUUGUCCCCUGAGAACUGUGACAUUGACAUUUUAGACAAUGGAAGAACCAUCAGUGAUUUCACAGACGAUAAAAUAAAAGAGCUUGGUUCAGUGGGCAAGGAAGAGCCAUUCUAUGUGGUAAAUCUAGAUAGUAUAUAUGAAAGACACCUCAGGUGGCUUACUAACUUACCUCGAGUCAAGCCUUUCUAUGCAGUGAAGUGCAACAACACAGCAGCAGUUUUGAGGAUGAUGAGUGCUGUGGACAUAGGUUUCGACUGUGCCAGCAAGGGUGAGAUCCAGCAGGUCCUGUCCCUCGGAGUAACACCUGACAGAAUCAUCAACGCACAUACAACCAAACCACUGUCGCACAUUAAAUAUGCCCGUGCUCAUGGAGUAGAUAUGAUGACUUUUGAUAGUGAGGAUGAACUCCAAAAAAUUUCUCUCUGUCAUGCCAAAGCCAAACUGGUACUCCGCAUCGCAGUGGACGACUCCAAAUCGCUCCGAAGUCUCAGUUCAAAGUUUGGAGCCAAACUGGUGUCAGUUGGUAAGCUGCUGGAACGUGCUGGAGAGCUUGGCUUAGAGGUCAUUGGGGUCAGCUUUCAUGUAGGCAGCGGGUGUACUGGAAGCUCGGCGUUCAAGCAGGCCAUUGCAGAUGCCCGACGUGUCUUUGACAUAGCGAAUUCGUUGGGCAUCCAGAUGAGUCUCUUGGAUAUUGGUGGAGGGUUCUCCGGGAGAGAGGACUUUCAUGUGACAUUUGAAGAGUUUUCAGAAGUCAUUAAUGGAGCACUGGAUGAACUCUUCCCGUCUGACAGUGGGGUUCAGAUUAUUGCAGAACCAGGCCGGUACUAUGUGGAAGCAGCCUUCACACUGGCAGCGAACGUCUUUGCCAGAAGAGUAAUCUCAGAUGAUGUGGAAGAACAUAGCGACGGUGAGGAAAACCACCCUGGCAGAACGAUGAUGUACUACAUAAAUGAUGGAGCGUAUGGCUCACUGAGUUGCAUUAUGAAUCAUGCUGCCCACACCAAGGUUGAACCAUACCUCUACAGGGCUGUUGAGAGCAGCGAGCAGAGAUACCGGUCCACUAUCUUUGGUCCAACCUGCGACAGCUUUGACAAAGUCACCGACGACUUCUGGAUUCCUGAGUGUCAUGUGGGGGACUGGCUUCUCGUUGACAACAUGGGCGCAUAUUCUGUUAGUAUGUCCACCGACUUCAAUGGCUUUGAAAGAGCACACAUUUACCUUGUUGUGACAGCUGAGACAUGGCACGCCUUAAACCUUUCUCACACCUACAAUAUUAUCCAGUAAUGACCUGGUAAUACUUCUGUAGAACAACAGCUCUAUACAAACAUGAACAAACUGGCAUUUAACAUAUGUCAUUGAUUGGUCAUGUAAAUUCAUUUCACUGCAUGUGCAAUCCACCAUAGGAUACUUUUCUCCCAAUUUAAAAUUACAUUUGUGAUAAUUCUGAUAUAUAAUCAUCCACUGCAGAGUUUCCAUAGGCUGGAAAUUAUAAAAGGGUGUUUCUGCAACUACGGUGCCUUUUGACUCACCCAAAUAAAAAACCUCUAUGAAUUUUAAUUUUAACCAUCAGAGUAUGUAAUACAUAUAACCAGGUACA